UUGUGUUGUCUCUUAUCAAAAAAUAUUAUUAAAAAAUACUUGCCUGGAAUCGCUGCAGCUUCUAAAGCAUGUCUUCAAAUGUUAGUGUAUGUGACAUGUCACCAGAAGUUGUCGCUCUAUUGAAGAAGUUUAAACUGAGGAAGGAGAAAAAUGUUGCUGCUAUUGUAUUGAAAAUAGACAAGACAUCCUUAAAGAUAGUACUGGAUGAAGAAUAUGAAAAUAUUUCUGUGUCAGAUCUUCAAGAUGAACUACCACCCCAGCAGCCCAGAUACGUCUGCUUGAGUUAUGUUCAAAACCAUGAUGAUGGCAGAGUCUCUUAUCCACUAAUUUUUAUUUUUAUUUCCCCACAAGGAUGCAGUCCAGAACAGCAAAUGAUGUAUGCUGGAUCUAAGACCAAAGCUGUUAAAGACGGAGACUUCACGAAAGUGAUUGAGCUGAGAAGUCUGGACGAGUUAACAGAUGAAACAAUUUUAGACAAGCUAAAAAAGAAAUAAAUUUUAUACUUAUUUAAAAAGCUGGCACCAGCUUGUUUAACUUAAAUGAAAUAAGAAUUGGCGAUUUUCACUGUUGGCUUGUUAUUAUUUUAACUUGGUGAGCAAUCCAAAUGUGCAUGCAUUCCAUGCAGUAAAUAGUACAGUUCAGCUUCACCUAGUUAUAAGUUUACAGAAAUUUCAUAUCAGUUGUCAGCAAUGAAUAAUUUUAUCUUGUAAAAAUAAAUUAAAAACUGGUUUAAAACAGUUUUUUAAAAUCAUAUUUAAAUUUUUUCAAUCAUCAUUUUUAGAUCAAAAUUUUUAACGCUGAGGUUUUUAACACUUGAUUGUUUAAGUUUACCAUCUUUAUUAAAACUCAACAUUCUGCUUUGCUCAUAAUUAAGCUGCUGGUUAUCAAACCCAAUUUAAUUAUUUAAAUAUUUUAUAAAAGAAGUUUUUCUGAUAAAUUUCAGUGUAUACAACUUAUUAGUACUCUAAUGGAGAGCAAUAUUUUUGUAUAUUGAAACCAUUACCAAUUUUUUAUCACAAGCUAUUUAUAAAUAACAUUUUUCUUCUGUUGACAUUUUGACAUUCUCUAAUAAUGCCUAUUCAAAGCUUGCCUUAUUUCUGUGUAAAUAUUUGUUUCAAUUUUUAAGAAUGUAUAAACUUACAAUAAAUUAUAGACCUAUAUGUAUUAUUAGUUGCUAUUUCUAUUUCUAAUUGCUGAAAAAAUGUUGGUGCUCAUUACCAUUUAUUUGUAAUCCAUUAUAAAAGCAUCGAGAUAAAUAAAACAAAACAAAAGCUGU